AAAUUUACCCACAGAAUUGACUUAAAGAUUAAGAUGCUGAUGUACGCAAAAGGACUUUGAAAUGCUGUAAAACAUUAGUCAUACUGGGAAAAGAAUUACCACUUUCCCAGGGGAAAUUGGAUGAAUAUGAAUUUUUGAUGCAUUAAUGAAAGACUGAAAUUCAGGCAUGUCACGUUGGGGUAAAAAGAAAAGUUAUGACAACAUCCAUAAUUACGUUGAACGAGUAGAGGAUGUUUUGUUGAGUGAAAGUUCAUGGUCAACAACAGAUUCAGAAUGUUCAGGAUGCCUUCACUUGAGUAGAAGGGGCAGUCUACAAGGUGAAGGUACUUGUGAAGCAGGACUUGAACUAGCAACAUUUUCACCUACUCUGACACUGGACAACGGGUAUGGCUGGAACGAGUUUGCCAAUGCUAACUACAUUCAAAGUGCUAGUAGCCACUGUGUGCUAGCUAGGGUGAGGGCAUGUGCUGCCGAACGAGCCAGGCAUGUCUCAUCUCGUCACAUCAAGGACACUAAUAUUAACAGCCAUGCAAAUCCUUUAACUGACGACGGAAUGUUGCAGCAACUAGCAUUACUGGCCGCUGGUGCACAGCCAUGGAACCACAAGAUAUGCACUGCGCAUUCUAGACGCUUUGCAUAUGCAGCCACCCUUGCUAUUUAUGUUUAUGUAGUUGAGGAAGGUAGCAGUGAGUAUCAGCUCUUCAGCAUAUUGGCCGAUCAUCGGAAAACUAUAACAUGUUUGGAUUGGCAUCCCACCAGUGAAGAUCUCCUUGCCAGUGCUUCGUUAGAUCAGCGUGUUUGCGUUUGGAGUGUCAGCAGCCAGAGUGUCUUAUAUGCUAUAAGCAUAUGUCGCGUCCCAACUGUGGUUGCCUGGUGUGUUGGUCACAGGGACCUCCUCUCAUUCUCUACCCAGAGUGGUCCAGUCCAGUUAUGGGCUUACACUGACAACACAGAGCCUUAUCCAUAUAGAGAAGACUAUGGAUAUUCCAGCGGUAUCGUUACAUAUCGCUGGCAUCCCUCUGUACCAGGGAGACUUGUUAUUGGGCAUGAGGAUGGUAGAAUCACUGUUUACAGAGAAGAGGGUGGAAAGCUACGCUAUUCUGCUUAUCCAGAGGGCGGUGAUGACUGUGAUGAUCUUGUGACAUUGGAGUGGGACACAUGCUCCCCAGAUUACAUCCUUGUGGCAUACAGAGGUGGUGCACUGUGGUUGGUUGAUGUAAAUAGCAUGAGAAUCAUUACAAAAUACUCCAUUAACAUGUCUGCCAGCAUCAGCACUCUUGCUUGGUUACCAGAUGCUCCAGGAAUGUUUGUUACUGGUGGGACCUCCUCUCAUUCUCUACCCAGAGUGGUCCAGUCCAGUUAUGGGCUUACACUGACAACACAGAGCCUUAUCCAUAUAGAGAAGACUAUGGAUAUUCCAGCGUUCAGGGAAGGUUAUAAGACCUUGUUAAGAAUUUAUCGUCAUCCUGGACCCGUUUGCUGCGAUUGGAGGGAUGCUGAUAUUUUGGCAACGGGCUGUGAAGACGGGAGGAUUAGGAUUUUCAGUGUUUCCAAGAACAGAAGGGAACCUGUUACAGAGCUUAAGGCUCACUUGAAGAAAGUUUUUCGUGUGAAGUGGAACCCUGUAUAUUCAGACAUUCUUUGUAGUGGCAGUGACGACUCUUCAGUAAGAAUCUGGUCCUUUUCUAAAGCUCAAUGUUUGACGAUAUUAGUAGGACAUUCCGACAAUGUCAGGGGCCUCGUCUGGUGUCCAGAAGUACCUUUCAUGCUCAUAUCUGGCUCUUGGGAUCGUACAUUAAGAGUGUGGGAUGCAAGACAUGCAAAUUGCCUUGAUGUUAAUUUGGACCAUGGAGCCGAUGUCUAUGGUCUCAGCAUACAUCCUAUUCGCCCGUUUUUGUUAGCCUCAUGUUCGAGGGAUUCAACAAUGCGUUUGUGGUCUUUAGCAUCGUUUGUGGCUCCUCUUCAACUAAAGGUUCUUUCAGAAAAACCCAUAGAGGAAAUAAUUGAUGGAACAGACCAACACAAGAGCUUUUCUACUGGCCUUCAUCUUUGUGGGUUAAGAGCAGAUCACCUUCAGGCAACUUUAGAGAAGACCGAUGUUACCCAUCAUUCUAGCAAACGGCUCAAGCUCUUUGCAGAUCUCUUCUGUGGUGAUGUCCGAGUGAAGAAUCUGUGGGACCUUGUGUUUGUACUUCAGGGUCAUACAGAAAUAUCUCAGUUAUCGCCAAACUACACUCAGUCCAUAAUGCAUCAUUCACAUCUCGUUAAGUGUUCAUUGGCAAUGGCAGCAGAGCACGAGAUUGACUCCAACCGGGGAAGCGGAGUAGGCAGCCGUAAAUAUUCUACCAGCGAAAGCCAGGAGGCCCUUGCAGAAUCCUAUCUACGCUGUGGUGCUCUUCAGCAGUACUGUGAACUGAUGAUCCGUCUGCAUCAGUGGGAUCACGCCCUUGCUCUGGCUCCAGCUGUGUCUGUAGAUUACUGGAGAAAACUUGUUGCUAGGCAUGCAGAGCAGCUUUUGACUGAUGAUAACGAAGCGUGUGUCCCGUACCUCUUGGCCACUCGUGAUGCAGAUAAACUCAUCAAUUUUCACAUUGGCCGAGGCCAUCUUGAUAAGGCCUUCUCAGAGUGUGUGGCUCUAAGUAAAAUGAAUAGAAAUAGCCGUAAGGGACCCCCGCCUGACGUACCUCCCAGAGGAUCUUCGAUGGAAAUGAAUGGCACAAGUCAAGUACAAGAACGGACGUUGGAGUGUGCUCGACUAGUUGCUCACUGGCACCUCCUCAGAGGGUCGCCUAUUGUUGCUGCCUGUGCCUUAUUAGCUGUGGAUGAUAUCAAAGGUGCCCUGCUAAUGCUUCUGAGAGGACAUGAACUGGAACUUGUAGUUGCUGUGGGCCGGCUGGUUGGUUUGGAAAAUUCAAAUCUUGGAAAUUCAGAGACUGCAGAAGCUGACCUUGCAAUAAUAAAAGGACUUAUCUUCUCAGCUGUAAGAUAUCUCGUUUAUCGUGCUAUUCGACUGUCUCUGUGGAAGUUGGCCAUUGAUUUGACCAAGACUCUGCCUAAGGGAACAGACAGUACUGUCCUACAAGCUGAAGUUUUGAUAUCCUUCGUCGGAAGUCAUGAAGAGCAGGAGUCUCUUUAUGCUUAUGCCGAAUUCCCAUCUCCUGUGGAAUGUCCUGAAAAAGCGCUAGGACCUGUUUUGGAUCAAGUUAUGUACCUAUUACUCUCGACCCAACCAUAUAAGGGUCUCAAUAAAGCUUUGGAAUUUUUACAAGAUCAGAUAAUUGGGGAGAAUAUUGAUCGAGCAAGUGUAUGGUACGUUCUCCGCCUGGUGCAGGCAAUACCUCUUUCUCAGUGUGGAGGUCAGUGGGCUAUACGAGGAAAUCAGAGAGCUGGUUUACUUGCAGUGUCAGCCUACUUGGGAGCCAUAAGAGCAUCUGUUCUCGAAUAUGGUCCAGUUGUUCCCCAUCUUUUGAGUCAUGCGAGUUAUAUUAUGGAGAAGCACAGACCUGGUGGUUAUGAAUUUCUGAAUGAGUUUAUCGCAACAGCAAAAAUAAAGUGGGAUCAAGGAGAUUCUAACUGGGGUGUAGACACGACUGAAAGUCCAGAAAUGUGGAGCGACGUUGGGGUAACUCGAGUUAGUGGCUCUCAUCUCCCCCGCCACUCAGACUCCCAGAUAUGCUGCAUAACUAAUCGCAUUAUUAAGGGUUCAAGCUAUUUUCUUGAAAACGGUGAGUCAGUUAUGGGACUUAACGAUGCUUUAAUGUGGGCAAAAGUUCAUCCGUAUUCACCUCUUGGUACUGGGCAUAGAUUGAGUCCCUUCUGAGAUGGACAUGACUUCAAAAGGUACUUUGUGUAAAAGGCCACGUCAGUAUCAAAAUACAGAAGGGUAAGAGGUACUCUUGCAGGGCCUUCUCUGUAGUACGGAGUGAUUUCCAUAGAAACUGGAAAAGCAACACUAAAGUUUCAAAGCUAAUUUAUUUUUUACUGUUAAAAGUUAUUGACUGUGAAUUUGGUGCUGAAAAUUAGAUAAAGACUAUUUGUUACUAUCAGUUACAAAAACUUUAUUGUAUGUGAAGUUUCAUGUACAGUGUCUUGUCAGAUUUUUAACACACUGAAAUAGUUUAAAAUCCCGAGAGUUCAUCUUGAAGUUGUAGUAGUAUGCAUACAGUUUGUGGACUUCAGCCGACAGGAAAUGCAGACAUCACGUUGCAAUAUUUUAGCAGCCAAAGCACUUGCUGUUUAAAAAAAUCACCCUAGUUCUACUGCCAGCCUUUGAAGGCAUUGCUGUUAACCUUUUUUUUUUCAUUGUUGCAUUUUUAGCAAAUUUGCUACUUGACUUUCGAGUUCACCAUAAGUGUCUUAUGGUAAUUAACAUCUCAGUGUCUGGUCAGUUAAACUGUAGGUGCUUAAUGCCAUAGCUUCUUAAUCUUCCCGGGUAUGAAAAUACAAAAGGCCAGGUUUAUAGUUUUCUAAGAAUUCCUUCUUUAGAAACAGCUUUAAAUGGAAUCUAUGCAAGCUUAUAGGCAGGAUAUAUUCAUACAUAAAUCUAGGGGGCACCAGCUUAAUACAUUUCACCAGGGUCAUAGAAAUGCUGGAAAGUCCAAGAUCGUCUGUGUGAAUGAACUUCGAUGUAGUUUUAGAAAUCAUUGUGAAGAUAAUUAUCAGUCCAAUUAUUUAUUAAUUUUCUUUGCAAAAAACUCUUGGAUUUUAAAAGAAAACUUGGUGAGUAAGAAUACCUAAACUUGAUUAACAUUGCAAUGCUGGAAGCUUCAUAAUCUGAAGUCUUUGGUAAUACUUAAGCUAUAGAAUUUGGGAGCAAAAUAUGAACAUGAUAUGAGAGACACGCAAGAGAUGUUUUUGAGGUGGCAUUAGGGAUGCCAGAUAUUCAUACGAUCAAUCAGCAAUGGUAAUUAUAGGACUAUAAUUACUUACUUUGAAGAACUCCGAAGACUUCUUGUUUUAUUUAAUGGAUUCUUUUGGAUUUAAAAGUGAAAACUGUAUUUUUAAAGAAAAUCUUCAGGUGUGUAUUUAAAUUACAAACUUUGGAUUUUAACAUGCCUCAGUAACCAAGAAGGACCAUACAACAAAGGGCUGAAUAGCUGCUCGAGUCAGCAAAGGAAAGAUUAGCAUUGAUAACACAUCCGGAUAGAUAGAGUAUCCUGUGUCAAGUGUUCUCACUCUUGAACUGUUAACAAAUGACUACCAUAAUUUUCAUCCUUUACAGUUAUGUAGUUAUAUUGUGUUAUUCUGAAAACUUGCUGGAUGGCUUAUCUAGAUAUUGAAUGACCUGACCUAGAUAUAUUCAGUUGUCUUCAGGGGAACCAAGACUUGGCUUACCAGGAAAUUUGUGGGGCAACUCAGGAGUACAUUAUUGACAGACCUAGACAAUGCAUUCAUCAUGGUUUCUGGGCAUCAAAACAGCCUAUAUGUACUAGGAUUGUGUACUUCAGUGAAACUAGACCACCAUGGCUUAGAGGAUUUGGUUUUGAGCCGGGACGAUGAUUAGAUUUAUGCAACAGUAUCAACAGAGACAAAUACUGUACCGCACACUUGGCCUUGGUGAUCUGCUUGCAUAUACGUGACUGGUUUAACCUUUCAAUAUUCAUCUUGUUUUCAAGGGGACAAAAACCUAGCUUUCUUAGAAAUUGACUGGGUGAAUGCAUGGAUGUUACUGGCUGAUCAGACCUGGAAGAUGAAUCCAAACUUUUCAAGACCAAGGCCCAGUCUACCUGGAAAUUAGUUGGGCAACUUGGGUUCAGUUAACAUGGACUCCCAACCUACCUACAUGAAGGUAGCUAGUCAAUCCAGGUAUGUCCCUGGGAUUCUGGUGGUUAUGAGGAUGACAGUUCCUGAAUUUGUGUUGUUCUUAAAAUCCAGCAGAUUGAAACUCAUGACGAACUAGUGCCACAAAGGAGCCAGUCAGAUGCUUGGGAAUUCAUGAGGUUGGUGAAAGUGGGCUAUUCAGAGGGAGACUUCAUGUAAUGCAAAGGCAAGGAGAAUCGGUAGUAGUACUCAGAUAUGAGUGAAUGAAGCUGUGAAAUUCGAAAGGUGGGACGUCAUCAGUGACUUAGUCUUUGAAGUAGCUAAUUGAUAAAGGUAAAACAAAUAUUUUGGUAACAGUAUCCAGUUUCAAACCUGCUAUUUUCCCCUUGGAAUAUCCUACCAACUCAACCACUUAUUGAAAACCUCUGAUACACAAGAGUGAGAGUACUUGACAAGUUUUGAUAUCUAGUCUCACCCAUCAUGUCAUUGCAUCACUGACUUUAUUAGACAUUUGGUAUCAUACCCUUUAUUAUUGAGGCAGGUCUAUUAUGGUUUCAUACCCUUUUUUUAUUGAGGCAGAAGUAAAAAUAAGAAGUCUGAUGUAGACGUGAUAAGUCAUAGCAUUUGUUAUUUUUACAUACAUUUAUGUAUAUACAUAUGAAUAUCAGCCUUGUUUUGCUUUACACUUUUUGGGUAAGGGAUAAGUUAGAGGACUUGGCAGGUGUAAUGUCAAGAAUUUUUUUUUUCCUUUCAAAGAUUACUGUUAGUUCCCAUACAUUUUCUGUAAGACUAUUUAAUUGACGUGAAAAGUCUGCCAGUGUCGGCAAACUCCUCUGGGCAUGAGAAGUUCAAGGAGGGCCAUUGCAUUGUGUAGCAUUAGAGACGUUGAUAAUGAUGGUGAAUGUUGUGGGAAGAACACCUAUUGCUUGACAAUAUUUAAAAAUUAUCAUUGAAUAACAUGCUCCAAUCAGUAAUAUUCUGAAGAAUUAGGGUAAACUUAACAAGUAAAUGUUUCCUGUCUCCCUUACAAAGAUAUAUGUAGUGUGCUGUACUUGGAAAAAAAAAAACCGUCUUUGGCACAAAUACACGUAUAUCUCUUACUCUGAUCACAGUAAUUAAGGAUGUAAAGUACAUUUACACUUUUCUUGUACCCCUUUGUUUUGGUAUUGGAGCCUUUAAACUCAUCGUGUAGGUUAGAGAAAGCUUUUUACUCCUUCGAAGUACUGAAAGCUUAUAUAGAAAUAUGCUCCACUCUGCCUUGAGAAUCUUAUCAUUCUUUUACUUACUGUGCACUUAGCAGAAGAGCUUAGUUUUUGUACAUACUGAAUGUAAUUUUAAUGAAAAAUUCUGUACCAUCAUUAAUAGCUUUGUCACCAAUUAUUAGCUUUAAAUAGAAUUUGAUAGUCCCACUCAAAGAGCUUUGCAACCACAAACAAACUAGGUUCUUAGUAUAGGUACAAUUAAAUAGUAUCAUACUCUGU